GGAAACUGUCUUUUCCGCUGUUAAAAAGUUAUAAUGAAGGAUAAAAGAAGGCCGAAGUGUCGGGAGAAGGAGAGCUGAUGAUUUUUGUUUUCUGGAUGUUUUGUGGAGUUUUAUACCAUGGAUUAUCAAGUAAUGGGCUGGUUAUUAUGGGUUCACCUUCUCAUCUGCGCUCCGCUCAUGGGAUGUUUCGACUUACACCUCUAUGACACUUUACAUUCAGGAGCUGUUCUGGCCAAUUUGUCACUGGGACCAGGCUGGACGUAUAAAAUAGACAGGGCUUUAACUUCUAAAUACAUUGGAAACUUUAUAAAAGUGGAUUGGAGAGAUGGAGCAGUGCGUUUGAACGGAGACUUGGACUGUGUGCGCGCGCCUCAGAGCGCACUGCCUCUUUAUUUCAAAAUCAAAUCAUUUACGACUGAAGGACAAGUUAACGCACAUUUUAAUGUAUUUGUGCACGGACGGAAUUGCGUGUUCAAAUAUAAAAGAAAGAGAGCUACCAAGUGUGAUGUUAACGUGGAUUACAUUUAUAACUUGGGAGUAACUUCCUGCUUUUCUCCAGGUAAUUUACUACUCCGUCUCGGAGACUAUUUACCUGUCUUCACACGAAACUCUGGUGCUUUAGGAUAUUCUUGCACCUCAGAACAUUUGAAAGUGUUCGUGCUUAACGGGACCUUAUUUGUGAAGGACGCGUACUGUUUGGAAACGGACUUGAAAGACACUAUUCACUGUUCGUUUUACGAUUCACACGGUGAGCGAUUGUCCAUGUGUCUUAAAUUACGCUUCACAUCAGUCCAUACUUCUUCGUUAGAGUCUAUGCAACACGAAUCAAGUCACUGGAAAUCUAGAAUAAAGCGAGCAGUGAAUUCAGCGCCUCAGUUUCAGUUGCCGAACUACCAGGUUUCCGUGCCCGAGAACGAGCCGGCGGGCACGCGCGUCAUCACCCUCAAGGCGACUGACAGCGAUCCUGGAGAGGCGGGAAAAAUCGAGUACGGCAUGGAAGCGUUAUUCGACAGCCGUUCCAACGAUUUUUUUCGCAUAGACCCUCAAACCGGCAGCAUCAAGACGGUCCAGCCCUUAGAUAGAGAGGUCAAAGACACGCACGUUUUUAAAGUCACAGCGACCGAUAACGGUACGCCGCGACGCGCGGCUACGUCAUACCUGACCGUUACCGUUAGCGACACCAAUGACCACGGGCCUGUUUUCGAGCAAAAUGAAUACAGGGUCAGGAUACGUGAAAAUGUAGAGGUCGGUUUUGAGGUCAUAACAGUGAGGGCCACAGAUGGAGAUGCGCCAUCAAAUGCAAACAUGAUAUAUAAGAUUGUAAACGGUGAUGGUGUGAAUUCUGGGUUCGAAAUUGAUUCUCGAAAUGGACUGGUGAAGAUUCGACUGCGUCCUGAUAGAGAAACCAUGGCCCAGUAUCAGUUGAUAGUAGAGGCGAACGACCAAGGGAAGGACCCCGGGCCUCGCAGUGCCACCGCCACAGUGCACAUCACAGUUGAGGAUGAAAACGACAACUAUCCCCAGUUUAGCGAGAAAAGAUAUGUCGUUCAGGUGCCAGAGAAUGUUGCGGUGAACACUAAAAUCGCCCAGGUGGAAGCCACUGACCGAGAUGAGGGCAAUAAUGCCAAGGUUCAUUACAGUAUAAUCAGUGGCAAUGUAAAGGGCCAGUUCUUCAUUCACACCCCUACUGGAACCAUUGAUGUCAUAAACCCUCUAGACUACGAAAUGAUCAGGGAGUAUAAUUUACGCAUAAAGGCCCAGGAUGGCGGCAGGCCUCCUCUUAUUAACGGCACAGGUGUGGUGGUUGUCCAAGUGGUGGAUGUGAAUGACAAUGCCCCUAUGUUUGUAAGCACUCCAUUCCAAGCCACCGUUUUAGAGAACGUUCCCAUGGGGUAUUCUGUGAUUCACAUCCAAGCCAUCGAUUCAGACUCGGGCGAAAACGCCCGUUUGGAAUACCGCCUCACCGACACCACUCCUGGCUUCCCUUUCACCAUUAAUAACAGCACUGGCUGGAUAACGGUCUGCAUCGAGCUGGACAGGGAAACCACUGAGUUUUACACCUUUGGAGUAGAGGCAAGAGACAAUGGAGUUCCAGUAAUGUCGUCCUCAGCCAGUGUCAGCAUCACUGUCCUGGACGUGAAUGACAAUAUCCCUACCUUCACUGAAAAGGUGUACUCACUAAAAAUCAAUGAAGAUGCGGUUGUAGGGACCAGCGUGUUAAGUGUUACAGCACUGGAUCGUGAUGUAAACAGUGUGGUCACCUAUCAAAUUUCCAGUGGUAACACUCGGAACAGGUUUGCCAUCACGAGUCAAAGUGGAGGUGGGCUCAUCACACUGGCAUUGCCAUUGGAUUACAAACAAGAACGCCAGUACGUCCUGACUGUCACCGCCUCUGAUGGUACACGCUUUGACACUGCACAGGUCUUCAUCAACGUAACUGAUGCUAACACUCACAGGCCUGUUUUCCAGAGCGCCAGCUACCAUCAAACCUUCAGCGAGGACCGACCCAUUGGAUCAACUGUUGUGGUGAUCAGUGCAACAGAUGAGGAUACAGGUGAGAAUGCACGUAUUACUUAUGUUAUGGAGGACAAAGUUCCGCAAUUUAAAAUUGACCCGGACACAGGUGCCAUCACGACGCAAAUGGAAAUUGACUAUGAAGAUCAGGCCUCCUACACAUUGGCUAUCAUUGCCCGUGACAAUGGAAUCCCACAGAAGUCUGAUACUACCUACGUGGAAAUCAUUGUUUUGGACGCCAAUGAUAAUGUUCCACAGUUUGGGAGGGACAAAUAUCAAGGCAUUGUGUUUGAAGAUGCACCUAUUUUCACAAGUGUGCUACAGAUCUCGGCUUCGGACAGAGACUCUGGGUCUAACGGAAGGUUGAGUUACACAUUUCAAGGUGGUGAUGAUGGAGAAGGAGACUUCAUGAUUGAGCAAUAUUCAGGAAUUAUCAGAACCAACCGGAAGCUGGACAGAGAGAACGUUCCAGUGUAUAACCUGAAGGCCUAUGCUGUAGAUAGAGGUGUUCCUCCUCUCAAAGCAGCAGUGGAGAUCCAGAUCUCUGUGUUGGACAUAAAUGACAAUGCUCCUGUGUUUGAGAAGGAUGAACUGUUUAUCUAUGUCAAAGAGAAUAGCCCUGUUGAUUCAGUGGUGGCCAGAAUCACCGCCAUGGACCCAGAUGAAGGAACCAACGCUCAGAUAUUGUACCAGAUUGUGGAAGGAAAUAUCCCUGAGGCCUUCGACUUGGAUAUGUUCACGGGAGACUUGAAGGCUCUUGUGGAUUUGGACUACGAGACCAAAAUCGAGUAUGUGAUAGUCGUACAGGCCACGUCCGCACCUCUGGUCAGCCGAGCAACUGUCCACAUUCGUCUGGUUGAUGUCAACGACAAUGAUCCUGUCCUGCAUAAUUUUGAGAUUAUCUUCAAUAACUAUGUCACCAAUAAAUCCAACAGCUUCCCAUCUGGGAUAAUAGGAAAGGUGCCUGCCCAUGACCCAGAUGUGUCGGAUAAACUCAAGUAUAGUUUCAUUGAGGGAAAUGAGCUAAGUUUGCUCAUUCUAAACCCCGAUACCGGAGAGCUAAAACUCAGCAAAGAUCUGGAUAACAACAGACCUCUGGAAGCCACCAUGAAAGUUUCAGUCACUGACGGUAUCCACCAAGUGACGGCCAUGUGCACUCUCCGAGUGACCAUCAUCACUGACGAGAUGCUUACAAACAGCAUCACGGUGCGUCUGGAGAACAUGUCCCAGGAACGCUUCCUGUCCCCGCUCCUGUCUCUCUUCGCUGAAGGUGUGGCAGCCAUCCUUUCAACCAGCCGCGAGGGCGUUUUUAUCUUCAACGUACAGAACGAUACUGAUGUCAGUGGCAACAUCCUCAACGUCACCUUCUCUGCCUUACUCCCUGGAGGAGCUCCGGAUCGCUACUUCCCCUCAGAGGAACUCCAGGAGCAAAUCUAUCUGAACCGGACUCUGUUACAGAUGAUCUCCAGCCAGAACGUCCUUCCCUUUGAUGACAACAUCUGCCUAAGGGAACCUUGCGAGAACUACAUGAAGUGUGUCUCUGUGUUGAAAUUCGACAGCUCGCCACCUUUUAUAGCUUCCGACACAGUUCUGUUCAGGCCGAUCCAUCCCAUUAAUGGUCUCCGCUGCCGUUGUCCUGUCGGCUUCACUGGCGACUACUGUGAAACCGAGAUUGACCUGUGCUACUCUGGACCAUGCCAGAACAACGCCCGCUGUCGCAGUCGAGAAGGAGGGUACACUUGCGAGUGUCUGGAGGACUUCACAGGUGAGAAUUGUGAAGUGGAUGCCCGCUCUGGCCGCUGUGUCCCUGGUGUGUGUAAGAACGGAGGGGAGUGUGUCAACCUGCUGGUGGGCGGCUUCACGUGCCAUUGUCCGUCUGGAGAGUACGAGAAGCCUUUCUGCGAGAUGACAACCCGCAGCUUUCCCGGGCAGUCCUUCAUUACCUUCCGAGGCCUGAGACAGAGAUUCCACUUCACCGUCUCCUUCAUGUUUGCCACAAGAGAGAGAAAUUCUCUUCUACUCUACAACGGCCGUUUUAACGAGAAACACGACUUCAUAGCUGUGGAGAUCAUUGAAGAACAGAUCCAGCUCACCUUCUCAGCAGGAGAGGCAAAAACGACUGUGGCAACUUUCGUGCUAGGUGGAGUUAGCGAUGGCCAGUGGCAUUCGGUCCAGCUUCACUACUACAACAAGGACAGCCUGCACCUGCUGGACUCCAGUGGUGUGCUGAGCGUCCAUCUGUAUACCGCUUGGCUGGAGCUCACUCAUAAGGAGCCUAAGAUCAGCCAUUUAGGAUUGCCUCAUGGACCGUCGGGUGAGAAAGUGGCGGUAGUUGCCGUGGACGACUGUGACAUCGCCAUGGCUGUGCGUUUCGGCAGUCAGAUUGGCAACUACACAUGCGCCGCCCAGGGCACUCAGACCGGACAGAAAAAGUCUUUGGAUCUCACUGGACCUCUUCUACUUGGUGGGGUGCCCAACCUCCCGGAGGAUUUCCCAGUACGGAACCGAGACUUUGUGGGUUGCAUGAGAAACCUGACGAUUGACAGCAAACCCAUUGACAUGGCCAGCUACAUCGCCAACAAUGGCACCACAGAAGGCUGUCCUGCGAAGAAGAAUUUCUGCUAUGAGGGCUUGUGUCAACACGGCAGUCAGUGUGAAAAUAAAUGGAACACCUACUUCUGUGACUGUCCUGAAGGCAGAGGUGGCAAGAACUGUGAUCAGGUCAUGCCUUCACCGCAGCACUUUGACGGUCAGGCCAUGGUGUCAUGGAAUGAGCCUGAUAUCACCAUCGCUGUACCCUGGUACAUAGGGCUGAUGUUCCGCACCAGAGAGACCACUAGAACAUCAAUGCUGAUGCAGAUCAAUGCUGGUGGCGCCUCGCAAAUUAACCUUCUGUUGAGGGACAAGUAUGUGCGGUUUGAAGUUCUUCUGGGAGAGCAGAGGGUGGCCAUGCUGGAUUUCCCAGAGGUUCGAGUGAAUGAUGGGGAAUGGCACCACCUUCUUGUGGAGCUGAGGAGCAGCAAAGAUGGCACAGACACCAAGUACAUGGCACAGGUGUUCUUGGACUACGACAUGUUCAUGAAGUCAGCCGAGAUUGGGAAUGAACUGCCUGGACUCAAGCUGAGGAGUCUGUUUGUCGGUGGACUUCAGGGAUGGAGUAACAGUGUUCAGCAGGGCUUUAAGGGAUGCAUGCAGGGUGUGAGGAUGGGCGAGACCGCCACCAACAUGGCAAACAUUAACAUGCAGCAGGCGCUAAAGAUCCACAUAGAGGAGGGCUGUGAUCUGUCUGACCCUUGUGACUCCAACAUCUGCCCUGAGAACAGCGAGUGCACAGACGACUGGAGCGCGCACACCUGCACCUGUGACCCCGGUUUCUUUGGGAAAGAAUGUGUAGAUGCGUGUCAUCUAAACCCGUGUGAGCAUUUGUCCACAUGUGUUCGUAAGCCGAGUUCUUCUCACGGUUACACCUGUGAGUGCAGUCAGGACUACUAUGGACAGUACUGCGAGAACAAGGUGGAGAAACCAUGUCCUCGGGGUUGGUGGGGCAGCCCAAUGUGUGGCCCUUGUAACUGUGAUGCCAGCAAAGGGUUCAACCCUGACUGCAACAAGACUACAGGAGAAUGUCGUUGCAAGGAUAACUACUAUCAACCAAAGGGCAGUGACACAUGUUUCCCCUGUGACUGCUUCCAUUUGGGUGCCAACUCUCGAACCUGCGACCCAGAGACGGGUCAGUGCCCCUGUAAGGCGGGCGUGAUUGGCCGGCAGUGCAACCGCUGUGACAACCCUUUUUCUGAAGUCACCGUCUCUGGCUGUGAGGUUGUGUAUAACGCCUGCCCGAAGGCCUAUGAUGCUGGAAUCUGGUGGCCAAGAACCAUAUUUGGACGUCCAGUCGCUAUGAAUUGCCCCAAGGGAUCUAUUGGCACUGCCGUCAGACACUGCAGCGAUGAGAAGGGCUGGCUGCCCUCUGAACUCUUCAACUGUACCACAAUCACCUUCUCCCACCUCAAGAAACUGAAUGAGGAGUUGCAUCGUAAUGAAUCAAGGAUAGACGGGCAAAAAUCGAAGGAGAUCGCUCGCAUGUUACAGAACGCCACAGAUCAGACCAGCUCCUUCUACGGGAAUGACGUUAAGACCACGUACCAGCUCAUUACCUGGAUUCUGCGCUAUGAGAGCCAGCAGCAGGGCUUUAACCUGGCUGCCAUGCGGGAUAGCAAAUUUCAUGAGAACCUCGUGAAGGCUGGCAGUGCAAUCCUGGAUGCCAGGAAUAAAGAGCACUGGGAUCAGAUACAGAGGACAGAAGGGGGUACGGCACAUCUGCUGAAGAACUUUGAGGAUUACGCCAACACUGUAGCUCAGAACAUGAGGAAGACCUACCUAAAACCCUUCAUCAUCAUUACAGAAAAUAUGAUUUUUGCAUUAGAUUAUUUGGAUCCAAUGUAUCCGGAUGAAGCAAAAAUCCCCAAUUUACAAAAAAGUGACCAAGAGUGUCCGAAAGACUUGAAAUCAUCUGUUUUGUUCCCAGAAUUCAGCUUCAAAUCAUCAGAUCAUAAAGUUUCUCCUACGGAUGAUGAAGCAUCUCAGAGCAGCUUUGAUGAAGAGCACGAUCAGGCCUUGAGGAAGAAGAGGUACAUUGAGAAUCUUCCUCCAUUUCCUGUGGCUGCAGUCAUCGUCUAUAGAACUUUGGGUCAGCUGUUACCAGAGCAUUAUGAUCCUGACCGCCGCAGUCUCAGGCUACCAAACCGUCCGGUCAUUAAUACGCCCAUCGUUAGCACAACCGUAUACAGUGAAGGCGAGCUGUUACACAUGCCUCUGGAGCGACCAAUCACACUGGACUACAACUUGUUAGAGACGGAGGAGAGAACUAAACCUGUGUGUGUGUUCUGGAACCACUCGAUCAAUGUUGGAGGAACUGGCGGCUGGUCGUCUAAAGGAUGUGACCUUAUCUCCAGAAACCACACCCACAUCAGCUGCCAGUGCAAUCACAUGACCAGCUUUGCCGUCCUAAUGGACAUCUCCAAGAGAGAGCAUGGAGAUGUUCUUCCUCUGAAGAUCGUCACAUACACCACCGUCUCCGCCUCCCUGCUGGCCCUCCUCAUCACCUUCAUCCUGCUGGCCAUCCUGCACAAACUACGCUCCAAUCUCCACAGCAUCCAUAAGAACCUGGUGGCUGCACUUUUCUUCUCCGAGCUCGUCUUCCUCAUAGGAAUCAACCAGACCGACAACCCGUUUGUGUGUACAGUGAUCGCCAUCCUCCUGCACUACUUCUACACGUGUACGUUUGCCUGGAUGUUUGUUGAGGGUUUGCACAUUUACCGCAUGCUCACUGAGGUCAGGAACAUCAACCACGGCCACAUGCGCUUCUACUACGCCAUCGGUUGGGGAAUACCUGCCAUCAUUACAGGUCUGGCUGUGGGUCUAGAUCCUCAAGGCUUUGGGAACCCUGACUUCUGCUGGCUGUCUGUCCACGACACUCUUAUCUGGAGCUUUGCAGGACCCAUCGCUGUCGUAGUGCUGGUCAACAUUGUUAUCUUUGUGCUGGCGGUGAAGGCAUCGUGUGGCCGCCGACAACGUUCUUUCGAGAAAUCCGGGGUCAUUCCUGCUCUGCGGAUGGCCUUCCUGCUCCUGUUGCUCAUUAGCGCCACCUGGCUUCUGGGUUUAAUGGCAGUUAAUAGUGACGUCAUGACCUUCCACUACCUGUUUGCCAUCUUCAGCUGUCUACAGGGCAUAUUCAUCUUCUUCUUCCACAUUGUGUUCAAUAAAGAGGUGAGAGAGAAUCUGAAGAGCGUUUUCACUGGGAAGAAACUGUUACCUGACGAGUCGAGCACCACACGCACCACCCUGCUCACGCGUACACUGAACUGUAAUAACACAUACAUGGAAGACGGUGCCCUGUACCGCUCGGCCAUCGGCGAGUCAACAGUAUCUCUGGAGAGCACAGUCAGAGAGGAGUUUGGUCAGAAGCCUAGUGUCUCCUCUGGAAAUGCUAAAGUCGGUCUCACUGAUAUCGACGGCUCACUCUUCCGAAACGGCACUAAAGCAGAUGACUCAGAUUCAGACAGUGAGCUCUCUGUGGAUGAACACAGCAGUUCAUACGCAUCCUCUCACUCGUCCGACAGCGAAGAUGAAGACAUCAACAUGAAGCCAAAGUGGAAUAAUGAGAGACAGCCAUUGCACAGCACUCCAAAAGUAGACACAGUGUCCAAUCGCGUGAAGCCUUCCUGGCCGACUGAAUCCAUGACUGCCAGUGACAGUGAAGAUCCUGGAGGGGCGGAGAGACUGAGAGUGGAGACUAAAGUCAACGUGGAGCUUCAUCAGGAGAAUAAACUCAAUCACACUGGAGAGAACGCUCAGGACAAAGACAACCCAACACCCUCCAUCCAAUCCAACAGCAAUCACCAGCCUGAACAGAGGAAGGGUAUUUUGAAGAAUAAGAUCACAUACCCCCCUCCACUCACAGACAAAAACAUGAAAAACAAACUAAGGGAGAAGCUGUCAGACUACAACCCCCCUGCCAUCUCCUCCAGAGCGCCCUCUAUAACGUCAAAUGACGGGGGAAAUGGACACAAUGUCCUGAUCAAGUCCCCUCACCAGCCUCCUGUCACUCCACGUGAGCAGCAGAACGGGAUGGCCAUGAAUCUGAGAUCAGGGACUGUCAACGGCGGCAACCAGUCAGAUUCUGACGGCAGUAAUGAAACAUCAAUCUGACCCAGCAGGAAUCCUGAGUAACCCCUCAUAAGGGGUGAAUAUCAGUCCUUGGCUGUGGGAGGAAGGUGGACACCCAAAGACCCUCCCCAUCGUUGCACCUUGCUCUCCAGCGGGUCCCUAGGGUCCAGGCUCCAUUGGAGAACAGUAUUACUGCAGAUGUCUGCCUGUUAAAUGGACAAUAAAGAAAAAGGGAAUGUAUGUAAAUACACAAGAGGAGGUCAGCGAGGAUAUAUGGAAACUGUGCCAAACCACUAGACGUUGGAAUCCACCCUCUGGGAUGCCGAUCGGCACACUCAGUCCAAGUGGACUUGAAGAGACACACUAGACUUUGUGUAAAUUUCUAUGUUUUACCACUAGUGCUUUCUUAAAACUGUGCAAGUGUGCACACAAUCACACAAGGCUGGAACUGUAAAGAGACAUUUUCCGUUUACGAAGUUACGCAAAUCUCGAAAUGCUGAAAUUCUCAUCAAGUGCCCUGCUUGGCCCGUCCUCAUAGAGGAAAUCGGCCUCUUAACAAAUGCCUUCCUCAUGUAAUUACUGUGUAGAUAUUUGUUUGGAAAUUUUAAUAUUUUGUAUGUGAAUUUUAAGGCACAUUUGUACAUUGAAAUGAGUGUUUGUAAUAUCAUUUAAUGCAAGAUUAUUUUUAUCCUGUGUGGUUAAAUUGAAUGAUUCGGGUUGCUAUGGUGCUGUAAUCCCAAAACACAUUUAUUUCAAAGACUAAACCCCAUUAAAACCUUGACAAUAUUCAAUGGUGAUGAUAGAAAUAAUGUUUGAAUUGAAAGAGAUAGCCCUUAAAUUCAAGGACAUGAAUAUGAAUGUGUUUUAUUUGAUAACUAUUAACCCUCUGAUGGUUCACAAUUCAUUUUCAAAAUAUGCAGCUGUGAAAGAGAGUCCCAGGUGUUUUAUAUAAUUUUCCACAAGAAAAGACACUGGAUUUCUUACGACAUAAUUGUAUUUAUUUUUAUGUUUUGAGACACUGGACAAAACUUUUAGCUGUAAAAAUAAAAGCUCU